UAGACACCUACAGUGUGCAGACAGGGGUCCUUCUGGCUACAAGAGAGCUCCUGCUAGUCCCCUGGCUACACCAUGAGGAUGUCCUAUAGCCGCUGCCUUCAGCUGCUGCUGCCUCGAGGGCCUGAGAGGGGCUACGGCUACAGACGCUGCCUCUACUCCUGCAGCCGAGCCAACAGGCCGGCCAUACAGCCGUCUCCCCACAGUCCCAGCAGCACCCACUCCCUCAGACCCCUCAGCACCAAUACUCUCCCAUCGCCAUCGACAUCUCCAUCACCAUGUGGGAACAGACAGAACACUGUGGGCCGCCGUCUGCACUCGGUCAGAUGGCUCAGCGGUGAUGCCCUCGCCUCUCCAUCUCCGUCUCCAUCUCCGUCUCCGUCCCUGCUCAAGCUGAACAGCACACUGCUGACGGGUGGCUGUCACUCACCCAGACGCUUCAGCAGCGACGGCCUCCCCUCUCCCUCUCCCUCCCCCGUCGUCAAACAAAACGCCCUGACGGUAGGUGGCCACGCAUACGACUGCGACGACUACACCAACGCGACGCCCAAGAUCCUCUCCAAGGUGGGCUGCAACCUGCACAACCGGCCGCACCACCCGCUCUGGCUCAUCAAGGAGCGCAUCAAGGCCCACUUCUACGCCGCCUACAUGGGCCGCCACGGCAACCCCCUCUUCUCCGUCUUCGACAACCUGAACCCCGUGGUGACCACGGAGCAGAACUUCGACAGCCUGCUCAUCCCCAAGGGCCACCCGAGCCGGAACAAGGGCGACAAUUACUACCUGAACCAGAGUACCAUGCUGAGGGCCCACACGUCGGCCCACCAGAGCGAGCUCAUCAGGUCGGGGCUGGACGCCUUCCUGGCGGUGGGGGACGUGUACCGCAGGGACGAGAUCGACGCCUGCCACUACCCCGUCUUCCACCAGAUGGAGGGGGUGCGCCUCUUCAGCAACCAUGAGCUGUUUGCGAAAGUGACUCACGGCGAGGACCUGAGUCUGUUCGAGGCUCGUGGGCGUCGCACGGCUCAGAAGCAGGAGGCCCACUCCCUGGAGGCCGUCAAGCUGCUGGAGUUUGACCUCAAGCAGACGCUCACCAAGCUCGUCAGGCACCUCUUCGGGGCAGAGCUUGAGAUCCGCUGGGUGGAGUGCACCUUCCCCUUCACACACCCCUCCUUCGAGAUGGAGGUGCUGUUCCAGGGGGAGUGGCUGGAGGUGCUGGGCUGUGGAAUCAUGGAGCAGGAGAUCGUACACGCAGCGGGGGCAACCGAUAAGGUGGGCUGGGCGUUUGGCCUGGGUCUGGAGCGUCUCGCGAUGGUGCUCUACGACAUCCCGGAUAUCCGCAUCUUCUGGAGCGAAGACGAGCGGUUCCUGAAGCAGUUCCACCUGCCCAGCAUCGAUCACCCCGUCACCUUUCAGGCGCUCAGCAAGUUCCCUCCUCUGCUGAAUGACAUCUCCUUCUGGCUGCCCAGCGAGGGCUACUCCGAUAACGACUUCUACGACCUGGUGAGGAGCAUCGGAGGAGACUUGGUGGAGAAAGUGGACGUGGUGGACAAGUUCACCCAUCCCAAGACGAAGCGUACGAGCCACUGCUACCGCAUCACCUACCGCCACAUGGAGCGCACGCUGACGCAGGACGAGGUGCGGAUCGUACACCAGGCCAUCGAGAGAGCCGCCGAGGAACAGCUGGGUGUCCAGGGGAGGUACUGAUGGCCAUUGAGAGAACCGCCGAGGAACAGCUCAGGGUCCAGGGAAGGUACUACUGAGCGAUCUCCACUUGAUCUUUUGUGGAGGUGGAGUCGAGGUACUGAGAGUUCGGGCACGUUUGUGAUGGCUCAGGCUGCGAAAAUCUGUGCUACGCGCAUGCACAAGCCAACAUUACAGUGCACUCUGGACUCCCUUUCUCAAAAGCAUUGUUGCUAACUCUGUUAGCACCUUACUAUUUUUCCAAUGGGAAAUUGCAUUGCAACCAAGUAAGUUGCUAACUUUGUUAGCAACGAUGUUGUCGAUGUUGACGCACCCCAGGUUUGGAAAUUCUAACCAGAAUGCUCAGAUUUUCACUGCAUGUGGCAUCUCAAACGGGGGCCAUAAAAACACUCUUUCUGGAGUGGAAAAGAGAUGUGGGGGUGGGACUGGAUCCUACAACGUGUCCUGUGACAUCUAUGUGGUGGACAGCUCUAGAUACAGGAGAGGUAACCGGGUUGAGAGAAGGUACCGAUACAACCCACUCACUCAUUCCUCUCUGGGGGGAGGGUGGGUCAAGGGGACUUACUUCUUAAGAAGAGGA